AUGGCUGCCUCCUCCAACGCAGACCUGCGCGGCAACCACGCGACACCAUCCGAAAGUACGAACUACAAUGACUCCAGUUCAGAAGAAACCGAAGUUGUGCCCGUUCGAUCCGGGUCGUCUCACCAGAGGAAACGAGAUGGACGCGACCAGAAGGACGGGGACGAAGAUAGUACCCUGGCAAGACGGUAUACCACAAACUCAAGCGGGAAACAACAAACAAAUGAAGACUGGGCGGAAAUCCAGCGCUUAAUGUCGCGCAUGUUUGGCCGCGAGAGGCAGGAAAACUCCGAGGAAGAAAAGACAAGACAUUCCGGCGUGAUAUGGAAGAAUUUGAAUGUUAAAGGUGCUGGUUUGGGUGCGGCGCUGCAACCGACUGUGGGAGAUUUAUUUCUGGGACUGCCUAGGCUCGUCAGGGGGUUGCUUGCGAGAGGGAGGAAAGGUGCAGGGAAGAAUGUGCCUGUGAAGACAAUCUUGAAUGAUUUUACUGGCUGUGUACGACCUGGCGAAUUACUACUCGUCCUUGGAAGACCGGGGUCAGGAUGUUCAACCUUCUUGAAAGUAAUUGGGAACCAGCGGGCUGGAUACGAAAGCAUCGAUGGGGAAGUGACAUAUGGAGGGACAGAUCCGCAGGCUAUGGCCAAGAACUAUCGUUCAGAGGUGUCGUAUAAUCCCGAGGAUGACCUGCAUUAUGCUACUCUCACGGUCAAACAAACCCUCUCCUUUGCACUCCAGACGAGGACUCCGGGCAAGGAAUCACGAAACCAAGGCGAAAGUCGAAAGGACUACCAAAAGACAUUUCUUAGCGCCAUCACCAAGUUAUUCUGGAUAGAGCACACCAUGGAUACUAAAGUGGGCAACGAGCUUAUUCAUGGCAUUUCUGGCGGAGAGAAGAAACGAGUCUCUAUUGCCGAAGCAAUGAUCACAAAAGCAAGUACGCAGUGUUGGGAUAACUCCACCAAGGGGCUUGAUGCUAGCACUGCCCUGGAGUAUGUCCAGAGUUUGCGUAGUCUGACGAACAUGGCUCAAGUCUCCACUCUGGUCGCUCUAUAUCAAGCAGCCGAGAGUUUAUAUCAUCUGUUUGAUAAAGUGGUGCUGAUAGAAGAAGGCCGAUGUGCGUAUUAUGGCCCAAUCGACAAGGCAAAAGCGUACUUUGAGAAUCUCGGCUUCGAGUGUCCUCCGCGCUGGACGACUCCAGACUUUUUGACAUCUAUUAGCGAUCCACAUGCUAGACGUGUCAAGUCUGGUUGGGAGGAUCGCAUUCCGCGGACUGCUGAAGAAUUCGAAAGUAUCUAUCUGAAUAGUGAUCUGCACAAGGCUGCUCUGGAAGAUAUCAGAGAUUUUGAGCAAGAUCUGGAGAAGCAAAAGGAAGAGCGCGAAGCUGCUCGGAACGUCACAAAGCAGAGGAAUUUUACGCUAUCAUUCCAUCAGCAGGUACUGGCACUCACUCGGAGACAGUUUCUUGUUAUGAUAGGAGAUCCGCAAUCGCUGUAUGGAAAAUGGGGUAUGAUUCUGUUCCAGGCUUUGAUCGUUGGGAGCCUUUUCUAUAAUCUUCAGCCUACAAGUGCUGGCGUAUUUCCCCGUGGUGGUGUCAUGUUUUACAUCCUUCUUUUCAACGCUCUUCUUGCCCUGGCAGAACUCACUGCGACCUUCUCCAGCCGGCCUAUUCUGUUAAAACAUAAAGCUUUCUCCUUCUAUCGACCAUCGGCAUAUGCGUUGGCUCAAGUGGUUGUCGAUAUGCCACUUGUUGCAGUCCAAGUUACAAUUUUCGAUCUUAUUGUGUACUUUAUGUCGGAUUUAUCACGAACGGCCUCUCAGUUCUUUAUCAAUCUGCUGAUCCUGUUCGUGUUGACCAUGACUAUAUACUCUCUUUUCCGGGCCGUGGGUGCUCUAUGCUCCUCUCUUGAUGUUGCCACUCGGAUAACUGGAGUUGCACUGCAAGCUUUGAUUGUCUAUACAGGCUACCUCAUUCCCCCAUGGAAAAUGCAUCCCUGGCUCAAAUGGCUUAUUUGGAUCAAUCCAGUUCAGUACGCCUUCGAGGCUUUGAUGGCCAAUGAAUUCUACAAUUUAAGCAUUCAAUGUAUCCCACCGCUUCUCAUUCCUGAAGGGCCAGGCGCAUCUCCUCAACAUCAAAGUUGUUUCCUUCAAGGCAGCCAGCCGGAUCAAACAACUGUCAGAGGUAGUGACUAUAUCAAGACGGCAUACACAUAUUCGCGAUCUCACUUGUGGCGCAAUUUCGGCAUCAUAAUUGCCUGGCUAAUCUUCUUUGUCGUGCUGACCAUGAUUGGAAUGGAGUUGCAGAAGCCGAAUAAAGGAGGUAGUUCUGUGACUGUAUUCAAAAGAGGACAGGCCCCAAAGGAUGUUGAUGAUGCUCUGAAGAAUAAAAUCAGUCCCGGGGACGAGGAAAAUGGAGAUGCAGCCCAAACGAAUGUCAACAAUACAGAGCAGGAGGCCGAUGGAGAGAAGAAUGUUGAAGGCAUUGCAAAGAACACGGCUAUAUUUACAUGGCAGCAUGUGAAUUAUGACAUUCCGGUAAAAGGGAGUCAGAAGAGGCUACUGGACGAUGUUCAAGGUUAUGUUAGACCAGGUCGACUGACUGCAAUGAUGGGUGCUUCUGGUGCUGGGAAAACCACUCUACUCAAUGUCCUUGCACAGAGGGUUAAUACAGGGGUCGUGACAGGCGACUUUCUGAUCAAUGGCCGACCAUUGCCCAGAAGUUUCCAGAGAGCAACAGGAUUCGCAGAGCAAAUGGACGUUCACGAGCCUACCGCUACUGUUCGUGAGUCACUGAGAUUCUCCGCCAGACUACGACAACCGCGCGAGGUCCCUUUGAAAGAAAAGUACGAUUACUGCGAGAAGAUUAUUGAUCUACUGGAAAUGCGCCCAAUGGCAGGCGCUACUGUUGGCUCAGGGGGAUCAGGCUUAAACCAAGAGCAACGGAAGCGUCUCACAAUUGCAGUUGAGUUGGCAAGUAAACCAGAACUCCUUCUGUUCCUUGAUGAGCCAACUUCCGGUCUGGACUCGCUUGCAGCGUUUAAUAUUGUGCGAUUCCUUCGUCGCCUCGCCGACGCAGGACAGGCUGUGUUGUGCACUAUUCAUCAACCAUCAGCAGUGCUCUUUGAGCAGUUUGAUGAUCUAUUGUUGCUGAAGAGUGGAGGUCGAGUGGUCUAUCAUGGGGAAUUGGGUUCAGAUUCUCGUACUUUGAUAGAUUACUUUGAACGCAAUGGCGGGAAGAAAUGUCCACGGGAUGCGAAUCCUGCAGAGUAUAUGUUAGAAGUCAUUGGAGCUGGUAAUCCAGAUUACAAGGGCAAAGACUGGGGAGACGUCUGGGCGAAUUCGGAAGAACAUGAGGCUCGCACAAGAGAGAUUGAUGAAAUCGUUAGCUCGAGGCGAGAGGGACAAACCAGCCAAGAGACCAAAGACAAUAGAGAAUAUGCUAUGCCGAUAUGGACGCAGAUAUCGACCACAACGAAGCGUUCGUUCGUGGCAUAUUGGCGGUCCCCCGAGUAUCUUCUUGGAAAAUUCAUGCUGCAUAUAUUCACCGGUCUUUUCAAUACAUUUACAUUCUGGAAGCUCGGACACAGUUACAUUGACAUGCAGUCAAGACUAUUCUCCGUCUUCAUGACAUUGACAAUCUCACCCCCACUGAUCCAGCAGCUCCAACCACGAUUCCUUCAUUUUCGAAAUCUAUACGAAUCUCGUGAAGCCAAGGCAAAGAUAUACUCGUGGCCAGCCUUUGUUGUCAGCGCCAUUCUACCAGAGUUACCAUAUUCUCUCGUCGCAGGCUCCAUCUACUACAACUGUUGGUACUGGGGCAUCCGAUUCUCCCACGACUCCUUCACCUCCGGAUUCACCUACAUCAUGAUCCUCCUCUUUGAGUUGUAUUACGUCGGCUUCGGACAAUUCAUCGCAGCUCUAUCCCCCAACGAACUAUUCGCAUCUCUCAUCGUGCCAGCUUUCUUCACAUUUGUGGUUUCAUUUUGUGGCGUAGUGGUACCUUAUUCGGGACUCCCCAGCUUCUGGAAAGCAUGGAUGUACUGGCUUACGCCGUUCCAUUAUCUACUGGAAGCAUUCCUGGGUGUAUUGGUGCAUAAUCAGCCGGUGAAAUGUGUGGCUCGUGAGGAAGCUAGAUUUACUCCUCCGCCAGGAUCAACAUGUCAGAAUUAUACUAGUGCUUUUACUUCUCAAGCUGGAGGAUACGUGGACGAUUUGGGGAAUGGCAUGUGUGCUUUUUGCGCAUAUUCCAAUGGUGACCAGUUUGCCGCCAGCUUCAACGUGUUUUAUUCUAAUAAAUGGCGUGAUUUUGGCAUAUUCUGGGCAUUUAUUCUGUUCAACUUCUUCGUGAUAUUCGCUCUGUCAUGGUUAUACCUACACGGCAUCCAGGGUAUAAAGAAGGUGCUAAGUAUACGAAAGUCGAAGAGCAGCAGCAAAACGAAACAGAAUUCCGGCAGGACCAGUGAGAAGAAUCGUUCCGGCUCGACUUCUUCUGGGGAAUAA